AUGAGUUUCUACCAACCUUCUCUAUCAUUAUACGAUGUUCUAAAUGCAUUAUCGAACCAAUCUCAAUUAAGGAACCCAAACGAGCCAUUGCCUCGUAACAGACCUGAGUCCUCAGGACAUCCAUUGUCUUCUUCAAAUCCUGGAAGUCAUCAUUCUCAUCAUCCUCAUCAUCACCAUCCUCGUCAUCCUCAUCCGCAUCCUCAUACAUUUGGUGCUGCACCACCACCACCUCCUCCUUCACAACCUGUACAUGGUUUCCCACCUAAUCCCUUCGGAUUUGGAUAUCCUGAUCGUGGUACUCCAGGUAGUUAUUUCUACAGAAUGCCUCCUCAAGCUUACUAUUAUAAUCCAGAAUAUGACUACGAUAACGACGAUGAAGGAAAAGAAGAAGAAGAAGAAGAUCAAGACCAAGAUAUGACUGCUGAUGAAGAAAAGGGUAAUCAAGAACCAUCAUACUAUCAUCAAAAUAAUAGGAGGGGGGUUACUGACACAAGAGAACAAUAUCCUGAACAUCCUCUUUCUCAAUUGUUGAGUUCAUUAUUGGGUGUUCCUCCUCCAUCUAAUGAACCUGAUUUUGAACCUAGUGAAUCGGAUAAUGAUGAACAACAGCAUGAACAGCAACAAAAACAGCAAGAACAAAAAGAACAACAAGGGGAGGAAAAUGAACAAGCUCAAAGUGACGUUGAAGAGAAAGUAGAAGAACGUACUUCUGAAGUUGGGCAACCAAAAGAAGAAAAGGAAGUAGAAAAAGAGAAGGAGGAAGAAGAAGAAGAAGAAGAAGAAGUUCCACCUUUAAAAGAACCAACUGCCACUAAGGAAUCAUUCAAGCCAAAAUUGAAAAGAAAUUCAUCUUCAUUUGCACAUUUGCAAGCACCAUCCCCAAUUCCUGAUCCAUUACAAAUUUCAAAACCAGAGACAAGAUUAGAUUUACCAUUCUCACCUGAGGUUAACCUAUAUAACCUUAAAGAUCAUUAUGUAGUAGUUCUAGCUUUACCUGGUGCCAAUUCCAAAGAUUUUAAGAUUGAUUAUCAUCCAUCAUCUCAUGAAUUAUUAGUAAAGGGGAACGUAGAGGACAAACUAGGUAUUGAUGAAAAAUAUUUGAAGAUCACCGAAUUAAAAUAUGGUGCCUUUGAAAGAACGAUUAAAUUCCCCGUAUUACCACGUAUAAAGGAUGAAGAAAUCAAAGCCACUUAUAAUAAUGGUUUACUUCAAAUUAAAGUUCCAAAAAUUGUUGAUGGAUCCGAGAAACCUGCUCCAAAAAAAAGAAUCGUCAUUGAAGAUGUUCCUGAUGAAGAAUUAGCCUUCGAAGAGAAUCCAAAUCCUGUACAAAUUAUUUAA